AUGGUGGUGAAACUUCCAUUAUUGCGAUUUCACGGCGUUUUUGUCCUCUUUUCUCUUUUGUUCGUCUCGUCGUCUGCUUUUGUUGCCGAGUUUGAGGAGGAGGAGGAGGAUUCAAAGAAUACGUUUUUGAGGAGGAGUGGUGGUUUUAACGAUGAUGAUGAAAAUGAUGAUGCGAAAGGUCGUCGUCAAAGUUUUCUCGGUGGUUCUUCUUCUUCUUCUUCUUCUUCAAACGCUGCUGAUGUGGGGAACAGAGCUCGAUGGUUGUUUGAACGAUCCGGGAACGUGCGGUGGUCGUUAAAAAACGAAGACGACGACGAGGAAACGACGAAAUCGUUCUCGUUGAAAGAUGUGAUUGGUGCGAGAUAUUCAGACGACAGAAGAGGACCGGCGAUGGAAGUAUACGAAUCCACCGGCGAAUUCGUGACGAUGGAACUCGUGUUUUCGAGAACAAAGAACAAGAAUCGAGCGACGAGGAGGAGUUUGGUAAACGUGGGAGGAAAAGGGGCAGAGGUUGGUAGAUAUUUUAGCGGAGACGGAAGGAUCAAAGCGGUGACGACGUCGUCGUCUGUUUCAUCCUCCGUAUUCGCGUUGCGAGAGGACGGGGAGGUUUUGGGAUACGAUGAAGAAAAGCCGGGGAACGUAAAGAACAUCACGAAACCAUUUCAAGAAAGCGUGAGCGUGCACUGCGCGAAGAAUAAGGAAGUGUUUACGCUCUUUCACGUGAAUAGAGAGAGUUCUGAACAUCAAAAAGAAAAGUUGUGCGCGAUGUGUUUGGAAACGAGACGAGCCGGAGGGAGAGUGAUUUAUAACGGGUUUUGUGCGGAGUUGAACGAGGACGACGGAAUAAAGGUAGAUGGCGACGUUUCGAGUUUUUCCUACAUAGUUUCUCGAGAAUACGAACCGAUAGCGUUCCAAGCGGUUGAUGAUUACGUGGUUGCUUUAGAGAGACAAAAGAAAAACGACGGAAUGUUUCGAUUACAAAUGUUCUCGAGCAAAGCGAUUUUAGUUUCCUCGAAACUGAAAUCACCGAUUGAACCGAUUUUGGCGUAUUCCUCGAAUAAUAAUAAUAAAGGGGUAGACGAUGAUCAGAUUAAAGUUCUCUCUUUAACUUACUCCAAGUUCAACGACGACGACGAUAUCGCUCCAAAUGCCGUACCGAAUACCUUGGGUAUCUUUACCCUCGGCGUCCCGAUUGGAACGACGACGAACCAAACAGACGCGAUAGUUCUCCGAAUGUUCAACGCGCGAACGGAAGACAUCUCAGCCACGUUGGCGAGUGCGCACGUCACCAUCAAAUGGACCCGGAUUCUCUUCGUCGUCUUGAUUACCAUAAUCGGCUGUUCCGCGAUGCUGUUAUGCGCGGCGUCUGCUUUCGUCGGAACGCCAAAACCAUUUUUGGAAGAAGACGUAGAAGCCAACGGCGACGUGGAAGAACAGUUACUCGAUUCCAUUCUAGAAGAAGAAGAAGAAGAAACAGAAGAAGAAGAAGAAGAAGAAGAAGAAAAACAAGACAAAAUAGUAGACAAUAACAGCGUUCUUAGCUCUAGCGACGCGCAAACACUCUCUCACGAAAAUGAAGAAGAAAAACAAGAAGAAAAACAAGAAGAGGAGGAAGAAGACGACACCGAUCGUCGUCUCGCCGGUGGCGUUCAAGCGUUCUUCGAGAGCUUUCUUUUUACUUCUUCUAAAAGCUGA